AUGAAUGAACAGGUUAAAUGGAGUUUUGUCUUGGAACAUGUUCAGCCCAGUCAGAAAAAUUACAUAUUUGCUGCAUCAUCACAGCAAGAAAUGGUGGAAUGGAUGAAACAUAUCAAGGAGGAAAUGCUCCGUGCCAACAACAGAGGACCAAGAACUACUGCAGAUGGUUCUUCAGAUGGAAGUGGAGGAUAUUGCCCACAAGAUUCUAUUGAGAAAAUUGAGGAGAAGAUUUAUGAUGAGAUAAAGGACUUUACUCCAGUUCAUUUACCAAACUGUGAUUCCAAUGACAGUGAUUUGGACAUAGAUGAAAUAGAAACUAUGAGGCCGAAAUUGAAGGAUUGUCUUUCUUUCUUUUUUUUUUCUUAUUAUUAUGUUGAAAUGCCAAGAUUUAAGCUACCAAACUUGCCAAAAAGAAGCCCAGGUGAAGGUCAACCAACAAAACGUAUUCCCUACGAACAAAUAGAUACAAUUCCAGUUCCUCUAGAACAAGCUUCUUCAUUUCCCAAAAAAUUACCAGAAAAGAAUUAUUGGGAAUCAAUUUACUACCAUGGUGACAAAGAUGAAGCUACAAAGAUCAUAGAAGAGAUUGCUCAGGAUGGUGUAUAUUUGGUUCGAGACAGUGACAACGUUGAAGCCCCAAAGGUUUUGGUCACUUAUUCAGAGAAUGAAAGACGAGUCAAAAAGUUUCAAAUUUUCAUGAAUAAAAAUUCACCUAAACCAUACUACAUGAGAAAGGAAUUGUCUUUUGAAACUGUGGAAGAACUUAUCUAUUAUUACUACCACAACAACAUUGUCCCAGAUGAAAUUUUUAAAUUGACACAACCUUAUCUUUUUGCCCAAGCUUCAGGUGGCUGA